CCCUUUUCUCCUCAGCUUGGCUUUCUCUAGUAAUUCAGAGAACUCCAAGCUUCAAAAUCCAUUAACAUUUUACUCCAUUUCUUUUUGUUUCUCUGUCGUUUCAUCCCCAAACAAUACAAGAAAAUACCAAAAAAGUUUCAGGAUGCAGACUAUUUAUCCUCCUUAUACCAACAAUCUGAAUUCCUUAGUGAGGACGAGUCCGCACAAGUUCACCGGAACCGGCUCACCAGCGAGGCUCUCUGUUCAUUGCAUCUCUCGAUCUGACUCCGUACAGUUCCCUAAUGGAAUUGGCUAUAGUCGAGCUGAUUGGCAGACCACCUGCGCCAUCCUUUCCAGCAAGGUCGUUUCCUUGGACCAGCCUACGGACAAGUCCUCAGAGGAGAACCUAAAUCUUAUCCCUAUCGACGCUGCUACUAGCCGCAACGGAUCGCCGGCGUUCCCGCCUCAGAAGGCGUUAUCAAUUACGGAUCUCUCUCCGGCGCCUAUGCACGGCUCUAAGCUUAAAGUGGCGUACCAGGGAGUGACCGGCGCGUAUUCUGAAGCGGCGGCGGGGAAGGCCUACCCGAACUGUGACACCCUUCCGUGCGACCAGUUUGAGGUGGCUUUCCAGGCUGUGGAGCUCUGGAUCGCUGACCGUGCUGUAGUCCCUUUUGAGAAUUCCCUCGGCGGCUCCAUUCACCGGAACUACGAUCUAAUCCUCCGCCACCGCCUGCACAUCGUUGGCGAGGUCCAACUACGUGUCCACCACUGCCUUCUCGCUCUCCCUGGAGUUCGGAAAGAGUGCAUCACUCGAGUCAUUUCUCACCCCCAAGCACUCGCCCAAUGUGAGCACACACUCACCAAACUCGGCCUCCAGGCUACAAGGGAGGCUGUAGACGACACAGCCGGAGCCGCAGAGUAUAUAGCCGUAAACAAUUUGAGAGACACCGCCGCAAUCGCCAGCGCACGCGCCGCCGAGCUCUACGGCAUGCAAAUCCUCGCAGACGGGAUCCAAGACGACUCAAGCAACGUGACUCGGUUCGUGACGCUAGCCAGGGAGCCAAUUAUUCCCCGAACAGAUCGGCCAUUCAAGACGAGCAUAGUGUUCGCUCAAGACAAAGGCACGAGCGUGCUCUUCAAGGUGCUCUCAGCUUUCGCGUUCCGGAACAUAAACUUGACGAAGAUCGAGUCGCGGCCGCACCGGAACCGCCCGAUCAGGCUGGUGGAUGACGCCAAUGUCGGAACAGCAAAGCACUUCGAGUACAUGUUUUAUGUGGAUUUCGAGGCGUCAAUGGCGGAGGUGAGGGCACAGAACGCGUUGGCUGAGGUACAGGAGUACACGUCUUUCUUGAGGGUAUUGGGGAGUUAUCCUAUGGACAUGACCCCAUGGUGUUCUUCUAGGGAUGACUAGUAUUCUGUUUUUUUUAACUUUUUUAAAAAAAUCAUUGUUUGCAGUUUGCACAAACAAUAUAUGGUUUGAUUUAAACAUUCCCUUGUUUAUUAUAUUUUUUGUAAAUUUUAAUUUAUCGAUGAAUGGACGAUUAAGGGAUAUGCAGUAAAAGUCACCAUAAUUUCUUCCA